ACUCUGUUUUACGCUUGAAGAGUAUAUUGACACUUCCUCCCAUUCAAACGUUUUCCUCAUCAACAAUUUGCAUCAACAAAGUUGCAUGUGCUUCCAUUCCCAUCUGGUUCAAUUGCAAUAGUAAAAAUUUUGAAAUUUGUUUAGUGAAGAGUUGUAAUAGAUGAGCUUUGAACAUGGAUUCAUGGGAUCCAAGAAGAGAUGACUUUGAUGACAAAAAGUUCAACUCAUAUGACAGAGGACCAGGAAGAAACAUCAGAAAGAACCAGGAUAAGAAAGAAGGAGUCCAAUUGUAUAUUACAGGAAUACCUAAAGAACUGUCGGAUGAUGGUCUAUCAAACUUGUUUAGUAGAGCUGGUAACGUAUUACAUGCAAAGAUGAUGGUAUCUAAACGAACUGACUUAAAGAGCACCUUUGGGUUUGUGACCAUGUCUAAUUUGGCUGAAGCAGAAGAUGCUAUACGUCAGUUGAAUAAAUUUGAAUUGAGAGAACAUACCCUUAAAGUUGCUAUUGCUAUGUCAGACGAGGACAGACAAAGGAGAAGGAACGAAAAACAGGACCAAGAAGAAUUUCUUAAUUCCUUGCCUUCAAGUAGAAUGGGUGGGCAAUCCCGGACCAAAGGUUCAGACAGUGACAGUGAUAAAGGCUCAGUAAAGUCUGGAAGAAGAAUUGUCUUAACCAAUGGACAACUUGGAGGUCACAAACAGAUGAAAAACCAAGGUGGAAGAGUGACCCCAAACCCAUCAUAUAUGCCUGUACAACAUGGACCAUCACAACUGAGUCAAAGAUUUAACCAGUUUGAUGGAAGUGGAUUGAUGGAGUAUGAUGGACAGUCUGACUGUGGAUCCUAUGCUGGUGCAAGAGGACGAGGACGUGGCGCAAGCCCUCACAAUUUUAGGAACAAGAACUCCAGUGGUUAUGGGCGUGGGAUGCCACAAGGGGACAGAGGAUAUGGAUAUGGGGGGAGUCCAGGCUAUGGGAACCCCUUUGGUGAUGGAAAUGGCCGGGUCAGCAGGCAACCAAGAUACUAUAAUGAUGGAAAUUACAUGGAUUACAAAGGUUUUGGGCGUGGCCAACCUUACCAAGGUGGAGAUUAUAACAAUGGAUAUGAAGGUUAUGGGGGAGGUUAUCAUGAAGAUCAUAGCUAUAACAAUAACAAUUAUGGAUACACAUAUGAGGAUAAUUAUCAUCAUAAUACCCCCAGUUAUGGAGGUUACAGAAAGGGCAAUAUGGAUUAUGGUAAAAGACAAAAUAUGCAUUCAAGCAUGGAAUCUCUAGCAGGUCCAAAGAAAGAUGCCAAAAGAGCUAUAAAAGUGGACCCAAGACCAUGCAAUGUGUGCACUACAACAGGUGUUUUCCAGUGCAGUAGAUGUAAGACUCCAUACUGUAGUGCAGAAUGUCAGAAGUCUGACUGGGAAAGACAUAAACAGUUUUGUAAAGACUUAAGGAAAGAGAAUGAAUUUGCUACAAAAUUUGAGAACCAGUUUGAAAUUGAUGUUGGAGAUGAAAUUGUAGAGCAUAUGAAGACAAAAGUAGAACAAAGUACAGGUGGCAAAGUAGACUACAAGACAAAAACUGAUUCACAAAAGUCAACCAUCAAACAACAUGAACAGAAAAGUCCUAAAUCAUCUGAUGUUGGUAAGCAGACGAUGUCAAAGUCCCCGCAGAAGCAGGAAUCAAAAAUGAGCCCAAGAACAGAAGAACCAAGAAGUCCAGUUUUAAAAAAAAGUAGUCCAAAAAAGAUUCCAUCAAAGUCUGAAGCUCCAAAGCAGGAUAUUGACUACUGCACUCUACCGCUAAAUUCAGAAAUAGAGGUUUUACUGGCAGACAAUACAUCACCAGACCACUUUGCAGUUCAACUUCAGGAUGCAGAGAUAUUAACAGCGGCUGACCAACUGUUGAACAAAAUGAAUAAUUUUUACAACACUGGUGGAGAGCUAGUACAGUCCCCCACUAUUGGGAUGGUGUAUGCUGCACAGUUUAGUGCUGAUAAUAACUGGUAUAGGGCAAGAGUGGACGCUAUCAAUGGAGAUUCUGUCACUGUCACAUACAUUGAUUAUGGCAAUACAGAAAACUUAUUAGCAGAGAAACUUCGACUACUAUCUAUUGAUAUGACGUUUAUGAAGUCUGCAGCAAUUAUAUGUCAGCUUGAUGGUUUACAAGCAGUAGGAGGUUCCUGGAGUAGAGAAGCAAUUGACAAGUUUAAAACACUAGUAAUCCCAGUAAUUGUCAGUGGGGUUUUAACCAAAGUCAUUGCUUCUUCAGUUCAUAACAGGAUUCAUAAGGUCAAAGUUAUAGAUCAUAAUGGUGUUGAUGUUGGUCAAACCCUGGUUAAAGACGGGUUUGCUACAAAGGGAGGUCCAAUGGAUCUGCCACAAACAAAGAGUGAAUUGAGAUCACCAAUAAUGUCAUCAGAAUUAAAGAAGGUUGCAGACAGUCUACAUGUAGGAAGCAAAGAAAAUGUAUUGGUCACUGAAAAGAAUUCUCCUGUCUUAUUUUAUGGACAGAUUGUACAAGAAGAGAUAAUUUCCAGAUUCUCAACAUUUGAUCAGGAGCUUGUCAUGGAAAUGGAUAGCUUGGGAAAAAUUGUGCAAUAUAGACCAAAAAGUAUUGGAGAAAUUGUUUACGCCAAAUUCACAGAUGGAAAAUGGUAUAGGGCAGAAAUAUUGUCCGUUUCUGGCAACGAUGCAUCUUGUCUAUUUCUAGACUAUGGAAAUAAAGCAACAGUAAACUUCUCAUUAAUACAGCAAGCAUCACCACUGUGCAAGUCUGUUCCACAGAUUGCUGUAAAAAUGAAAAUUGAAAGUGUAUCAGAACCCCAAACAUGGACAAAGAAUACACUGGAUGUGUUUGACAACUUAAUAAAUAUGGAUCAGCCUAAAUUAUUUGAAAUGGAAGUGAAAUCUGUAAAUUCUGACAUAGUGGAAGUUGAUUUUCUGGACGAGAAAGGAAAGUCUGCCUCUGCUCUGAUCUGUCAAACAAUGGCUAGUGAAUCUCCUUCGUCUGUCAUAAUGACUUCCUCCAUUCCAAAGGAAACUUUAUCAGUUGAUGGAGCUAAAGAGGAUAUGAUGAUAACUGAACUGUCAAUUCCUUCAAACAGAAUAUACUUGCAAAAGGCAAUACAAGAAAAUGCAGAGAAAAUUGAAGCUAUUCGCAUGGAAAUGACCAUGUUUUGCAAGUCAAAUUCAAACUCAUAUCAACCUGUUAAGGGAGAAUUGGUUUGUGCUCUGUUUCCUGAUGAUGGCUUGUGGUAUAGAGGUGAUGUUUUAGAAGUUCCAGGAGACAGUUACAGAGUACAGUUUGUUGAUUAUGGAAAUGAAGCUGUUGUUCAACCAGACGGCAUCUGUCAAAUCUUACCGUCAUUUGUUGAAUUACCUCGACAAGCUGUAUGUUGUACUCUUAAAGGUUUAGUGUUAUCAGACUUGAAAGAGAAUCAGUUAAUUACGUUAUCAAAUACCGCAAUGAAUACAAUAAUAACAGUUGAAGCUCAUGACAUACAAAAUGAUGCAUAUGUUUCCACAUUUUACCAAAAAGGAGAUGGAACAAGUAUUAACAGUAUGUUGAGGGAAGAAGAGGUACAUGCUGCUGCAGAUGAGAGUCAUGAAAUAAUUAUGGCCUCUUCUGUUCCAAUGGAGACUGUUCCAGUCGAUGGUUCCAAAAUUGAAGUGCUUAUAACAGAAUCAUUAGAUAUGAAACUUGUUUACAUUCAGAUAUAUCAGGAAAAAUAUCACCAGAAUUUACAAUUUUUGACACAAAAGUUACAAAGCUACUGUCAAUCUAACAUUGAUCCCUACAUGCCUUCCAAAGGUGAACUUGUAUGUGCUAAGUUUGAUGCUGAUGAAAUAUGGUACAGAGCUGAAGUUCUGGAUAUCAGUGACGAUGAAUACACAGUACAUUUUGUAGAUUAUGGGAAUAAGUCAUUUGUCAAAUCAUCCUCAAUCCGUAAGAUCAACUGUUCACUUUCUUCAAUGUCAAAGCAGUCCAUAUGCUGCAAUAUAGUGGGCGUUGAUUUGAAGAGUUUAUCAGAGGAUAAAUUGAUGCAGUUUGCUACCAUGGCAAUGCAGGGUAAACCAGUGAAAUUGCAAGGUCUUGAGAAGAAAGAUGGAUACUAUGAUGUUAAAUUAUACACAAUCAGUGAUGAGAAUAUUAAUGCCAUGUUUGGGUCAGUAGUGGAAGAAGUUCAACAGUCUGAAGAAACAACCCCACAACUAAGGAAUGCUACUGCUGAGGUUAUCAUGGCUACAUCUCUGCCACAAUUUGAAUUGCCUCUAGAUGGUACAAAAAUAAGGAUGAAAUUGUCUGAUAUUGGAGACUAUGAAAAUAUGUACUUCCAGUCUGAUCUUCAGGGGGAUCAGCACACACUAUCUCAAUUGUCAUCUCAGAUUGGGAGCUUUUGUCAAGAUAAUCCCCUUCCACCUAAACCUGUCAAAGGUGAGCUUGUAUGUGCCUUAUUUUCUGCAGACAGUACUUGGUACAGAGCAGAAGUUUUGAAUAUAUCUGGAGAAGAUUAUGAACAUCGCUUUGUUGAUUAUGGAAAUUGUGAAACAACAAAAUGCAGUAAUAUUCGUAAAAUUGAUGAAACAUUGACAGUUAUACCAAAAUUUGGUGUUUGCUGUAAUUUGAAAGGAGUAGAUUUAAAAAGUCUACCAGAGGAAAUGAUACUAGAAUGCCUAACACUAUUGACAAGUGACAGAGUUCAAGUUCAGGCAGUGCAAAAGAAUGAAAAAUCUUAUGAUAUUGUAGUGUAUACAGCUAAUGGAGAAAAUAUUAAUCAGAAAUUUAUGUUAAUGCCUUCAAAUCAAGAGCCAGUUCCCGAAAUGUAUAUGGCAUCAGAACUGCCAAUGAAGACAUUACCAUUAGACAGUUCAACAGUGAAUAUGGUUAUUAUGGAUGCUACUAGUCUGGACACCAUUUACUUGCAAUAUUGUACAGUUGAGGACCAAGAGACAAUUAUCGAUUUGCAUAGGGCAAUUAAUGUGUAUUGUCAAGAAAAUGCUUCUCCAUAUAAACCAAAUAAAGGUGAACUUGUGUUUGCUAAAUUUGAUAGCGGGGAUAGCAUUGACUGGUAUAGAGCAGAGGUAUUGGAAAUCAUUGGGGACACAUUCAAAGUGCGUUAUGUAGAUUAUGGUAAUACUUCAGAAGUUAGAUGUGAUCAAAUUAGUAAAAUAAACAAAACAUUGGCAACUCCACCAUCACAAACUAUCUGCUGUCGUCUUCAUCAAGUUGACCUGAAAGUGUUUUCACCAGAGAAACUUUUACCUCUAAUCAAUUUGGUCAGAGAGAAUAAACCUGUGCAAGUUCAAGCUGUAAAAUUAAAAGAACGAUGUUAUGAUGUUCUAUUAUUUACAAGUGAAGGGAUGAAUGUGAAUGAACAAUUGUUGGUACAAGUUGCACCGCAACCUAUACAAUCAAUUAUUCUAACCAGUAGCAUUUCAAAAACAGUGUUACCUGCAAAUGUAGAGAUGAAUGCUGUGAUAACAGAAGUUAUGGAUGACUGUCUUUUCUAUUUACAAGCAAACAUUGAGGAAACAAAAGUAAGUCUUGACAAAAUUUUAGAGCAGUCCCACCAAUAUUGUUCAACUAACAAUACUCAAUAUAAACCUGUGAAAGGAGAGCUUGUGUGUGCUCAGUUUUCAAGUGAUAAAGUAUGGUAUAGAGCUAAUGUUGAGGAUAUAAAUGAUGGCAAAUAUCUCGUUCACUACUUAGACUUUGGCAACCAGGAGUUGACUACGGAACUAUCAAUCAGGAAAAUAGAUCCAUCACUAGCUGUGGAUCCAGGUCAUUGUGUUAAAUGUUGUCUGCAUGAUGUGCCAAAAAGUGAGGAGGUGAAAAACACACUAAACAGUCUAAUGGGAGUUAUAAUAAAUAUCAAAGUCAUCAAGGAAGAGAGUAACCUCUAUCAUAUGAUUAUUAUAAACAAUGGUAUAAAUGUUAACCAGCAAUUGAAAGGAUCUAGCAAGACACCAGGGUCUGGAAGGCCAAAAGUGAGUGAACAGCUACAGAAAUCUACAUCACCAAAGGGUAAAACAGAUGAAGCUAGUCAGGCUCAUCAGUCCUUGCCUUCUAGUAGAGGCAGUAAUUACCUGUCAUUAAAAGACAUAUCAAAGACAGAACCAAGUGCCAAGAACCGUUUCCUUAUAACUUAUGUUGUUGAUCCUACCGAGUUCUACUGCCAGAUUGCUGAUCCCAAUGAAAUUCAAAAGUUGGCUACAUUGAUGCAGGGGAUGAUGUGUAGAUGUGAGAUAGAAGAUCCUGAUCCAAGAUUCAGACCCCAGGUUGGGGAUCUUGUCUGUGCCUUUUAUCCAUCGGAUGGUAACUGGUAUCGAGGAAAUGUGGUAGAAGCUUAUCAGAACAAUACAUAUCUCAUACAUUACUUGGAUUUUGGAAAUUCUGAAUUGUUAGAAGCCAAACAGAUCCGGUCUAUGCUUCCAGAGUAUAUUGAGAUGCCAUUAUUGGCAUUUAAAUGCUCUUUGCCAGACCUUGUACCUUUAGGUCCAAGUUGGGAUACAGCUGCAAAAGAGAAACUGAAGAUUUUUCAAGCAGUAUCACUAGAUGCUGAAAUUGUGAGAAGAGAGGCAGAAACAUAUAUAGUUAAUCUAGCCCACUCUGAAGAGGAGUCAAAACAGAUCAUUGAUGUGUCAGAACAGCUUAUUAAUGAUGGUCAUGCUAAAAAAAAUUCAGGCAACAAUGCAGAUGAGGCUAACUUUAUCCAACAACAGAUAGCAGCUUUACAAGCUCAGCUAGCUUCCAUGGGAAAGAAAUGAAUAUUAUAGAUUAAAUCGGUUUUUAAACUUGUUUGUGAACUGGAACAAAUACAGUGAAACUGAAGCAUACAGCUGUUGAGAUGUGGAGGAGAAUAAAAUAUAAAUACACAAAAUAUGUCUUGAAGAAAAAUGAUGGCCUGGAUUAGAAAAUAAAAACUUAAAAUUACAAAGCUUGACAUUUUCAUGUGGCAUACAAAUGUUUUUGAGCCAUUAUAUUUUGUAAAUACUUUUAAGAGCAUUGUUGCAUCACAUUUUUGUUAUUGAUAUCUUUAUGAAUUUGCUAUAUGUACUGGCAGAUAGCCAUUUUGGUUUUUUAUACGACCGCAAAAAUGUGUUGUAUAAUGGUAUCAUGUUGUCGUCUGAAGACACAUUUAGUUUCCAGAUAUUAACUUCAGAUUUAGUGAAUGGAUCUCUUUAAAUUUUUACCAGAAGGUUAAAUACAAUUAAAGGAAGGUUGGGAUUGAUUUUAAGGGUUAUGGUCUCAAUAGUUAGGAAUGAGGGGACAAAAAGGUGGCCCAAAAUAAGCAUUUUUAAAUUUUUCAAACAAUAACUUGUGUUUAAGUGUAUGAAUAUCUCUGAAAUUAUACCACAAGUUUCCAUACCAUGAAGGGAUGAUAAGUAUUGACUUGGGGGUAUGGCUCUGCGGUGGUAUAAAGCUGCUUACUGCGAGCAUCCGGUUUAACCUGAUUUCGAAGUAAAAAUUGAUUCUUGAUUUGGGGGUGUGUGGCUGCCAAAAAAUGUCAGCUCAAUAACAUGAAAAUCCUUUGGACAAAAUUAACUUUUGUUUAUUUCCUGUGACAAAAUGAAGGUUAAGUUCAAUUUUCACUAUUUUAGCUUUUCUAGUUGUUGAGUUAUCGCCCUCUUUAAUAUCCAUAAGUAUUACAUUUUUGUGAUUGAGGUAUUUUUUCCUUUGAUCAGAAAUUGUUAAUUGUAUACACACAGUAUGAUUACAUUAAGCAUUUAUAUAUAUACUUUUCACCUGUUUAUAUGUUUUUUUAUCAUUUUACUUAACCAGGGACGUAUAUAGAGAAACCACACUGUACACCUUAAAACUUUAAAAGUUGUUGAUGGAUUCAAAUGAAAUAAAGAUUUUCUUAAACUUAAAUGAUUCCUUCAUUGAUAGAGUUAAUUUGGUUAAUAAUGUUCAUGUCCUUCAUGUAAUUUGAAUUAUUUAAGAAAGGAGGGCAAUUAUUUUUGGGGCAUUAUUCUACAUUUUGGGAGAAAAACACAAUAAAACGUAGUUCAACUGUUCAGCUAAAAACUUAAAAAGUUCUUGAUUGAUUUUGAUGAAACUUAUUUCGUCUGAAGUCUAAAUGUUUUUUACAUGUACAGAAGAAUUUUCAUGGUUAUCAACAAGGUAUAAGAUUAAAUGUAAGCAAUUCAAAAAUGUAUAGAAGAUGUGUUCAAAUCCAACGAUUCUCUACAUAUUUUCCAAAAAUUAUGAAAUUCGAAUCCUUCUAAUAUAAGUCCUUGACUUAACAUAUGGUUAAUGUCUUUAUCUCCCAAUUAUAAUUGGAGUGACAGAUUUAUGUAAUCACUUCCUGUUUUUUAAGUGUUGAUGAUUAAUAGCUAUAUAGGAGUAAAUAAAGUUAGAAAUUUAUUGUUCAUUAUUAGACAUUUUGAAGAUAAUUACAGAUCAGUUUUAUAGAUUUUUAAGACAUUGUAUUAUGAUGAAUAAAAUUUUGAAUUUUCUUCUCUUUUCUUUGGUAAAAUGUUUGGAGAAAUUUGUGGAAAGUUGGUUUGUUAUUCUGUAAAAACAAAUUUUCUGAAUGCUUUAUAUUUUGAUUUUUUUAUUAGGUCAACUCCUUAAAAACUAAGCUUAUAUUGUCUAUUAUUUUUUUAGCUCACCUGGCCCGAAGGGCCAAGUGAGCUUUUCUCAUCACUUGGCGUCAGGCGUCGUUAACUUUUACAAAAAUCUUCUCCUCUGAAACUGCUGGGCCAAAUUAAUCCAAACUUGGCCAUAAUCAUCAUUGGGGUAUCUAGUUGAAAAAUUGUGUCCGGUGACCCCGCCAAACAACCAAGAUGGCCGCCACGGCUAAAAAUAGAACAUAGGGGUAAAAUGCAGUUUUUGGCUUAUAACUCAAAAACCAAAGCAUUUAGAGCAAAUCUGACAUGGGGUAAAAAUGUUCAUCAGGUCAAGAUCUAACUGCCCUGAAAUUUUCAGAUGAAUCGGACAACCUGUUGUUGGGUUGCUGCCCCUGAAUUGGUAAUUUUAGGGAAAUUUUGCUGUUUUUUGUUUCUAUCUUGAAUAUUAUUAUAGAUAGAGAUAAACUGUAAACAGCAAUAAUGUUCAGCAAAGUAAAAUCUACAAAUAAGUCAACAUAACCAAAAUGGUCAGUUGACCACUUUAGGAGUUAUUGUCCUUUAUAGUCAAUUUUUAACCAUUUUUCGUAAAUCUUGGUAAUCUUUUACAAAAAUCUUCUCCUCUGAAACUACCAGGCCAAAUUUAAACAAACUUGGCCGCAAUCAUCAUUGGGGUAUCUUGUUUAAAAAUUGUGUGGCGUGACCCGGCCAACCAACAAAGAUGGCCGCCAUGGCUAAAAAUAGAACAUAGGGGUAAAAUGCAGUUUUUUGCUUAUAACUCAAAAACCAAAGCAUUUAGAGCAAAUCUAACAGGGAGUAAAAUUGUUAAUCAGGUCAAGAUCUAUUUGCCAUGAAAUUUUCAGAUGGAUUGGACAAACUGCUGUUAGGUUGCUGCCCCUGAAUUAGUCAUUUUAAGGAAAUUUUGCCGUUUUUUGUUAUUAUCUUGAAUAUUAUUAUAGAUAGAGAUAAACUGUAAAGGGAAACAAUGUACAGCAAAGUAACACCUAAAAAUAAGUCAACAUGACCUAAAUGGUCAAUUGACCCCAUAAGGAGUUAUUGCCCUUUAUAGUAAAUUUUUAACAAUUUUCAUAAAAUUUGUAAAUUUUAACUAACAUUUUCCACUGAAGCUCUUAGGCUUAGUUCAAUAUAGAUAGAAUGAUUGUAAGCAGCAAUAAUGUUCAGUAAAGUAAGAUAUACAAACACAUCACCAUCACCAAAACACAAUUUUGUCAUGAAUUCAAAUGCGUCCUUUGUUUAAUAUUCACAUAGACCAAGGUGAGCGACACAGGCUCUUUGGAGCCUCUAGUUUUAAUAUAGAUUAGUCUGUUGGUUUUCCCGUUUGAAUGGAUUUAAGCUGGUAAUUUUUGGGGCCAUUAUAGCUUGAUGUUCGGUGUGAACCUAGGCUCUGUGUUGAAGACUGACCUUGACCUAUAAUGGUAAACUUUUAUUAAUUGUGACUUGGAUAGAGAGUUGUCUCAUUGGCACUCAUACCACAUCUUCCUAUAUAUUUAGAUUUCUCAUUUUGAGCCCAGUUUUCAAGUUGGUCCAAAUCGGUGUCCUAAAUUAAACUGUGUUUGAUUUCAACAUAAAUUGAAUAUAUACAUAAAUGUUAAAUCUAAAACUGCACUUAUUUUCAUUAUUAGUUAGAUAAUACGACAUUGAGGUCCAAUUUAGGGUCCUAAAUUAUUUUUUUGUUUUAACAACAAUUGAAUUCUUGGGUUCUUUGAUAUGCUGUUGCUAUUCCAGAAAAAAUGUAUGGGGGGAUUGGAAGGCACAUUGUAUUAAUAAUACAUGGGUGAUGGGUAUCAGAGCAACUUUUCACACUAUAAUGCACUAUAAUUCUCAAUUACAAUUGUCUGGGUGGCGUACUGACAAAAACUGCCUCCCUUAUACAUUUUUUUCUGGAAUAGCCCUGAGUUUAACAAUGUUUGAGUGUUGAAUCAUCUAAUUUUAGAGAACUUAGUCAUCACUGGUUGUUGUUAUUAUAUUUUUUAUUAUUAUUUUACAAUUGCUUUGCUGAGCGCAGCUGGAUACGACCACAGAUGUCCAACCCUGAACAGUUGGGGCCACAAUAUUCACGCUUGAUACAGAUCCGAAUUUGGAUUGUAACUAAAUUUUUGACACAUAAUAGGUUUCUGACACAGAAUAACUGCUUUCUAUACAAAUAUUAACCCAUUUUGAAAGACAUCAAUCUGUAAUAUUUAAGAUAAUUUAAAUAAAUAAAUGCAUUAUUUUUUCGAUAUUCAGUUGUAGUUCUAAGAGCCAAGUUGGUAUGCAAAAUCUGUGACAUGACCCAUUUUAUUUUUCCUUGACCAUAACUAUAUUUAAAAAGAUUUCUGUUUGCUUCAUGUUCUGAAACUUGUACACAAUGUUUAUUACCACACAAAAAAAGUUCAAGUUUUAAUUUUGGUGGUGUCACUUCAACUGUUCUAGAUUUAUGCCCCUUAACAAAUGGAAAAAUUGCUGAAGUUGGGGUUUCCAUUGUUUACCUUUAGUUUGCCUCAACUAAAUGUUAUGAAACUUUACACAAUGCAUUAUACCACAAAAUACAGACCAAGUUUGAAUUUUGGAGAUGUCACGUAUACUGUUCUAGCCGUUUACUAAUUUAAAAACUUGCUGAACUAUUGUCAUCCGUAAACUUUUACAAAAAUCUUCUUACCUGAAACAACUGAGCCAAAUUUAACCAAUCAUCUUAUGUAAACUUUUACAAAAUGUUUUCCCUUGAAACUUUUGAGCUAAGCAUGUUAUAGAUAGAGAAAAUUGUAAACAGCAAGAAUGUUCAGUAAAGUGAGAUUAACAAACACAUCAUCAUCAUCACCAAAACACAAUGUCAUCAUGAAUUCUAUUCUUGUCUAUAAUUUGUGUCCUUUGUAUUAUUUGCUGCUUGCACAUAGACCAAGGUGAGCGACACGGGCUCUUUAGAGCCUCCAGUUCUAGUUUCUAGACAAUAAUUUGUGUUUUUAAAAGAACGUGGAUCUCUCUGAAAUCUAUUACAAAGGAAAGGCUGGGUUUGAGCUCAGGGGUGAUUGCUCCAAGGUGUUUUGGGUGUUCAAAUAUUUUUUAAAGGGUUCAAAUUUUUUUACUAAAUUUUUUGAAUUUCAAAUUGUUUUUAAUUUUCAAUAAGAAUUUUUAAUUGCACAAUACUGUGCAGUAGUUUUGUAAGAUCUUUACAUUUACCUUGUGGCAGAAACCUACAUGUAUGCUAUGUCGAAAAUUUGAUCACAAUCCAAAUUCAGACAGAAUCAAGUGUCCAAAUUUGCCACAACUGUUCAGAGUUCAACCUCUGUGGUCAUACCAGGCUGCGCUCAGCAAAGCAUUUUAUUAUAUAUGAAUUAAGAAAGUCAUACUAAAUCUGUAAGUAGCAGGAAUGAACUUGUGUUAUAAAAAACUUUUAAAACUUUA